CCGAGCCGCGCGCCACCCGGACUCUGGAUUCACCGACGGCGGGCGCACGGACAGACUGACGGCGGCGCAGCUCAACGCAGAGCACCGGAGACUCCUGAGACAUGAUGCUGCUCCAGGAAUCUGCAGGAGUGUGGCUGGCCUUGGCUCUGGUCACAGCUCUGACUCCGAGCCCAAGCAUGGCCGUCCCAUGGCAGGAUUGCACAGGUGCCGAGUGUCCCCUGCUGGAGAACUGCAUCGAGGAGGCGUUGGAGCCAGGAGCCUGCUGUGCUACCUGUGUGCAGCAGGGCUGUGCCUGCGAAGGCUACCAGUACUACGACUGCGUACAAGGAGGGUUUGUGGAUGGCCGUGUACCAGCCGGCCAGUCCUACUUUGUGGACUUUGGCAGCACCGAGUGCUCCUGCCCACCCGGUGGUGGCAAGAUCAGCUGCCAGUUCAUGCUGUGCCCUGAGCUACCACCCAACUGCAUUGAAGCUGUAGUAGUAGCCGACAGCUGCCCGCAGUGUGGCCAGGUGGGCUGUGUCCAUAGUGGCCGUAAGUAUGCUGCUGGCCAUACCGUCCACCUCUCAUCCUGCCGGGCUUGCCACUGUCCUGACGCUGGUGGUGAGCUCAUUUGCUACCAGCUUCCUGGUUGCCAUGGGAACUUCUCNGAUGCUGAGGAGGGUGACUCUGAGAGGCAGUAUGAAGACCCCUACAGCUAUGACCAGGAGGUGGCUGAGGCAGAAGCUACUACAGCCAUUGUUAACGAGGUCCAGGCAGGUGCAGAGGGCCCCCCAGCUGCUCUGGGAGGAGGGAAUCUGCCACCGUCCUCCAUCAGAGUAACCCCCUGGCCAGUUGCCCUCCCCAGACCCACAGCAGCUGCUGCCCUGGGUCCUCCAGCACCUGUGCAGGCCAAAGCCAGGAGAGUGACAUUGGACACUGAACAGGAUGAGGAGGAAGAAGAAGAGGACACACUAGUCACUGAGCCACCAGCAGCAGGCAGUCCUGGAAGGCUGGACAGCCUGCCUACAACAUCCCCAGCCAGACCUGGUCUCCCUGUCCAGGAGAAGGAGGCUGAAGCUAAGGCAGGGCCUGAGGAAAACCUUAUCCCUGAUGCCCAGGUCACUCCUCGAAGUGUCAUGCAGGAGGGUGCUGCACNUCUGCCAAGGUCAGGCCUGGCUGCUCUCAGUCCAUCUCUGGCCACUGACAGCUCUUCAGAGGACCCAGUAAAGCCCAGCAGUCACCCCACUCUAUCUACACUGCCACCUGACCGAGCCCAGGUCUCACCCUCUCCAGAGACGCCUGAAGAAAUACCCCAGCAUCCACCAUUGCUACCUCGAUUCCGGGCAGAAGAAGACACAGACCCCAACUCAGUACAUUCUAUCCCCAGAGGUGAUCUUGAUGGCUCCCCCAAGGACCUAAUCGAGACGUGUUGUGCAGCGGGCCAGCAGUGGGCCAUCGACAAUGAUGAGUGCCAGGAGAUCCCCGAGAAUGGUGCUCAGAGUGACAUCUGUAGGAUCCCUUUUGUGAGUGAAAGGUUUUGGUUCCAUUUGCUCUCACUUGGCCCUGCUGCCUUUGGGCUUGUGCAAUGCUGUGACUGCUGUGGCCUGGGACUCCGAGUGCGGGCUGANGGCCAGUCGUGUGAGUCCAACCCCAACCUGGGCUAUCCCUGCAACCAUGUCAUGCUCUCCUGCUGUGAAGGUGAAGAGCCCCUCAUAGUUCCUGAGGUCCGCCGGCCACCAGAACCUGAGGCUGCUCCUCGCAGAGUUUCAGAGACGGAGAUGGCAAGCCGGGAGGCCCUGUCACUGGGCACUGAGGCUGAACUGCCCAAUAGCCUGCCAGGAGAUGACCAGGAUGAGUGCCUGAUGCUCCCUGGGGAGCUUUGCCAGCAUCUUUGCAUCAACACCGUCGGCUCCUACCGCUGUGCCUGCUUCCCUGGAUUCGAGCUGCAGGGUGAUGGCCGCACCUGCCGCCCAGAUGGAGGUGCCCCACAGUUGGACACUGCACGAGAGUCUGCACCAAGGUCUGAGUCUGCCCAGGUAUCUCCCAACACCAUCCCACUGCCCGUGCCACAGCCCAACACCUGCAAAGACAAUGGGCCCUGCCGUCAGGUGUGUCGUGUUGUUGGGGACACAGCUAUGUGCUCCUGCUUCCCUGGCUACGCCAUCAUGGCAGAUGGUGUGUCCUGUGAAGACCAAGACGAGUGUUUGAUGGGCACUCACGAUUGUAGCUGGAAACAGUUCUGUGUGAACACCCUGGGAUCCUUCUACUGUGUCAACCACACAGUGCUGUGUGCAGAGGGCUAUAUCCUCAACGCACAUAGGAAGUGUGUGGACAUCAAUGAGUGUGUGACAGACCUGCACACGUGCACCCGGGCCGAGCACUGUGUGAANACGCCAGGUUCCUUCCAAUGCUACAAGGCGCUCACCUGUGAGUCAGGCUAUGUCCUCACAGAUGGUGAAUGCACAGACGUGGACGAGUGUGUGACGGGCACACACAACUGCCAGGCAGGCUUCUCAUGCCAGAACACCAAGGGCUCCUUCUACUGCCAGGCCCGGCAACGCUGCAUGGAUGGCUUCUUGCAGGACCCCGAGGGCAACUGUGUGGACAUCAACGAAUGCACGUCAUUACUAGAGCCUUGCCGCUCAGGGUUCAGCUGCAUCAACACAGUGGGCUCCUACACCUGUCAGAGGAACCCACUGGUCUGCGGUCGCGGUUACCAUGCUAAUGAGGAGGGCUCUGAAUGUGUGGAUGUGAAUGAGUGUGAGACAGGUGUGCAUCGCUGUGGUGAGGGCCAACUGUGCCAUAACCUCCCUGGAUCCUACCGCUGUGACUGCAAGCCCGGCUUCCAGAGGGAUGCAUUCGGCAGGACCUGCAUUGAUGUGAACGAAUGCUGGGUCUCGCCGGGCCGCCUGUGCCAGCACACAUGUGAGAACACACCAGGCUCCUACCGCUGCUCCUGCGCUGCUGGCUUCCUUUUGGCCGCAGAUGGCAAACAUUGUGAAGAUGUGAACGAGUGUGAGACUCGGCGCUGCAGCCAGGAAUGUGCCAACAUCUAUGGCUCCUAUCAGUGCUACUGCCGUCAGGGCUACCAGCUGGCAGAGGAUGGGCAUACCUGCAUAGACAUCGAUGAGUGUGCACAGGGCGCGGGCAUUCUCUGUACCUUCCGCUGUGUCAACGUGCCUGGGAGCUACCAGUGUGCAUGCCCAGAACAGGGGUACACAAUGAUGGCCAACGGGAGGUCCUGCAAGGACCUGGAUGAGUGUGCACUGGGCACCCACAACUGCUCUGAGGCCGAGACCUGCCACAAUAUCCAGGGAAGUUUCCGCUGCCUGCGCUUUGAUUGUCCACCCAACUAUGUCCGUGUCUCAGAAACGAAGUGCGAGCGUACCACAUGCCAGGAUAUCACNGAAUGUCAAACCUCACCAGCUCGCAUCACGCACUACCAGCUCAAUUUCCAGACAGGCCUACUGGUACCUGCACAUAUCUUCCGCAUAGGCCCUGCUCCCGCCUUUGCUGGGGACACCAUCUCCCUGACCAUCACGAAGGGCAACGAGGAGGGCUACUUCGUCACACGCAGACUCAAUGCCUACACUGGUGUGGUAUCCCUGCAGCGGUCUGUUCUGGAGCCGCGGGACUUUGCCCUAGAUGUGGAGAUGAAGCUUUGGCGCCAGGGCUCUGUCACUACCUUCCUGGCCAAGAUGUACAUCUUCUUCACCACUUUUGCCCCAUGAGGUGACAUGUCAGGCAAUUCCUCCAGGUGGUGCCUGGGCGGUGGGCAGCUGCGCCACUCCUAAGUGGCUUUUUGCUGUGACUCUGUAACUUAACUUAAUCAUGCUGAGCUGGUUGGUCUUGAGUCUCUACCCUAGAGGGAGGGAGAUGCACCCCAGCAGNCACUGAGUACAGGCCAGGGUCACCUGAGGCUGGAUGGUGGCCUUCAAACUGGAAACAGACGUAGGGGGCUUCUGAACUCCACUCCUCAACUAUGGCUACAGCUGACAUUCNAUUCCUUCAUCCACUGUGUUCCUCAGUU